AGCCAACAGGACUACCAGUUGCCAUGCAGGUGCUGGGACUCAAACCUAGGCCCUCAGGGUGUAGAGUAAGAAAUAGGUACAGGGCAGGCUGGGCAAAAAGACAUGGACAAAAGGACCUGUCCCUUUGGUGCUAGGAGUGUGACAUGUGGGCUGUGUUAAGGGCCUGGCUUAGUAUGCACCAUAGCAGAAAGGGUCUGCUGGCACGCAGGAAAUGUUAACAGUCUGCAUGACUGCAAAUGACUCAAAUCUUUGCUCAGUUUUUUAAAGAACUAGGGGGCCUUGGCAGCUGGCCACUUUGAUGUUUUCUGGAGAUUAAUCAUUGGCAGCUGAAGGAGCCCCAGGGUAUCUGUGUGGCCCAGUCCUGCCUAUGGCAUGGCUAUGUUUAGGGGCCUAGGCGAGACUCCAGAGCUCCACCCCCAGCCCUCCCAAUGCCAGCUCACCCUGCCUGCACACCCUGUGGGUCAGAAUCUCUUGUCAGCAGAGGAGUGGACACCGCAGAUGACAUGUCUUUCCUCCAGGACCCAAGUUUCUUUGCCAUGGGUAUGUGGUCCAUCGGUGCAGGAGCCCUGGGAGCUGCGGCUCUGGCACUGCUCCUGGCCAACACAGACAUGUUUCUGUCCAAGCCCCGGCAAGCGGCACUGGAAUAUUUGGAAGACAUAGACCUGAAAACACUGGAGAAAGAACCAAGGACAUUUAAAGCAAAGGAGCUAUGGGAAAAGAACGGGGCUGUGAUUAUGGCUGUGCGAAGGCCAGGCUGCUUCCUCUGCCGAGCGGAGGCAGCAGACCUGUCCUCCCUGAAGCCCAAGCUGGAUGAACUGGGUGUCCCUCUCUAUGCUGUGGUAAAGGAGCAGAUUGGGGGAGAAGUGAAGGACUUCCAGCCUUACUUCAAAGGGGAAAUCUUCCUGGAUGAAAAAAAAAAAUUCUAUGGUCCAGAGAGGCGGAAGAUGAUGUUCAUGGGCCUCAUCCGUUUGGGUGUCUGGUAUAACUCAUUCCGGGCCUGGAAUGGAGGCUUCUCUGGAAACCUGGAAGGUGAAGGCUUCAUCCUUGGAGGAGUUUUUGUGAUAGGAUCUGGAAAACAGGGCAUUCUUCUUGAGCACCGAGAAAAAGAAUUUGGAGACAGAGUGAACCCACUCUCUGUUCUGGAAGCUGUAAAGAAGAUCAAGCCACAGAUUCCAGCCUCAGGAAAAAGCUGAUCUUGUAUACCUGAGGGAAAAACGGGGCCUACACAUGUGUUCACCGGAAGAGCUGUGCUUCUGUUGUGGCCCCAAGAGCUAGGAAGCCAUUGCACCAUAUUCACUAGGAACUGGUGAUACAUUUUAACCUUGUUUUCUGUUUAGGCCCAGUAGGGCAAAUAGGUCCCAGACAAAACUGAUUAAAAAUCUAGCAAAGCAGUGAGAGUUAGUUGAGGAACGAGCUAGAAAAAUCCAAGGCUUAAAGUUUACUGCUACACUUCCUUUCAAAUAAAAAUGCCCUCAGUACUGGUUUUUGAAGUAAAAUUUAUUUUCAUGUUUAAUAAAAUCUAAAUUCUGAGAAAAGUGGGGCUAAGAAACAGCUCAGUGAUAAAGCAUUCACCUAAUAUGUACAAGGCCCUAGAUUGGUACACACACACACACACACACACACACCUAAGAAAAGUCGAUGAUUGACUUGAUAAUUAGAGGCUUCUGAUUGAUGUGUUGUUGUUGGUUUUUUUUUUUUUUUUGGUUUUUUUUUGUUUUUUUUUUUUUUAACAACUUCAUAUAUAAUCUCAGACUACCACAUAAAGCAAUUACUGUGUUCUGGUAGAGUUUGGUAAAGGCAAACUACAAAGUGAAGUUUUUUGUGGUCUUCCAUUAUAAAUACUUGCUUCACUGGAAAAAGCUGUCACCUAAUAAAAAUAUAUGGCUCUAAUAAAAAUAUGCAUCAGAAAUUA